UUUGCUGUAACAACUAACAACACCUUCUCAAUUUCUAUCUUUAUUAAUCAAUCAAUCUUCCCACUUGACCUCGUUCGUUGUUAUUCAAGUCAAUUUUAACUCCACCACCUCCACCACUCUCUCUCUCUCUCCUCCUUCAAAGAGUAACUUCACCGACUCGCAUCAAUUCAACACCCGUUUCUCCCACCCACCCAAUCAAACACUUCUUCUUAUUUCAACCACUUUCAUCUCACAUAAACUAAAACCUACAACAAAAAGAACUCUUUUUUGUGCAUUAAUUUCAUAGGAAAGGAAGAAAGAAAGUUGAAAACUAGGAAAAAAAAUGAUGGGUAGCAGAGAUCUGGAGAAAAAUAGGGAUGUGAACAACAAUCAAAGUUAUAAUCAAGUGAAUUACCCACAACAAUCAUCUGGGUAUCACAUUGAAACUUCUGAAAGACAAUGGACUUCUUGGUUGGUACCUAUGAUUGUUGUUGCAAAUGUUGCUAUGUUUAUUGUUGUCAUGUUCAUCAAUAAUUGCCCUAAAAACAACUUUGGAUUUGAUGGUUGUGUUGCUCGUUUUCUUGGUCGAUUCUCUUUUCAACCUCUUCGCCAAAACCCUCUUCUGGGUCCUUCUUCUAACACAUUACUGAAACUGGGGGCUCUUCAGUGGGAUAAGGUGGUGCAUCAGCAUCAAGGAUGGAGACUCAUUUCUUGUAUCUGGUUGCAUGCUGGUGUGAUUCAUCUCCUUGUGAACAUGCUGAGUUUGGUGUUCAUUGGUAUCCGCCUUGAGCAGCAAUUUGGAUUUAUUCGAAUUGGAAUGCUCUACCUGGUUUCAGGAGUGGGUGGAUCUGUACUAUCUGCACUCUUUCUCCAACAGAAUAUAUCUGUUGGAGCUUCUGGUGCCUUGUUUGGACUACUUGGUGCUAUGCUUUCUGAGCUUCUUACUAAUUGGACAAUCUAUGCAAAUAAGGCUGCUGCUCUGUUCACACUUUUGAUCAUGAUCGCUAUCAACUUGGCGGUUGGAAUCCUUCCUCAUGUUGACAAUUUCGCCCACAUUGGAGGAUUUGUAUCAGGAUUCCUACUUGGUUUUGUUUUACUCCUACGUCCUCGAUUUGGGUGGCGGGAGCGCCAUCAACUGCCAGAACAUGCACGUGUGAAAACCAAAUACAUGCCAUACCAAGUGGUGUUAUUCUUUAUUGCCUUGGCGGCACUGGUAGCUGGAUUUAUAAUUGCAUUGGUAAUGCUAUUCCAAGGAAAGAAUGGGAAUGAUCAUUGCAGAUGGUGCCGAUACCUCACAUGUGUGCCCACUUCAAGAUGGGAAUGCGGGAAAUGAUUAGAAGACAUGCCGAUGCCUAUCCCCUUCUUUUCUUCACUUUCAUAUGUUCAUUACCAUAUUUUCACGUUCUUUUUUCUCGUUCGGUUUUGGUUUAUAUAGAUCGAAUUCGGCUAUCAUUGUACAUGAGUAGAUAGCAAUACAAACAUCAUGUUAUUUGUUGUUGUUUUGUUAAUGGUUGAUAUUGUUGAUCACUGUGUUUAUAGAAAUGAGUUAGUAAAUAGUGGAAGUUUGUUUGAUUCUUGACAA